AUGUGGAAUCCCCACGCGGACUCUUCUUUUUUUGUAGAACGCAAUCACUUUACCAUUUUCUUUUUCAUUGCGUUUUGUUUUUGUGAGAGAAUGGGUUCUUCUGCUCUUCCAGUUGAAUCUUCUUCUUCUUCUUCUUCUCCCAACUUUCUCUAUUACUACGAUUAUGAUGUGUUUUUUAGUUUCAGAGGAGAAGACACUCGCUCCAGUUUCAUCAGUCAUCUUCAUAUGGCCUUGCGUCUAAAGGGAGUCAACGUCUUCAUAGACGACAAACUCAAAAGGGGUGACCAAAUCUCUGAGUCUCUUCUCAAAUCUAUAGAGCGAUCUAGACUUUCACUCGUUAUUUUCUCUAAAAAUUAUGCAUCUUCAACUUGGUGUUUGGAUGAACUGGUGAAAAUAAUUGAGUAUAAAAAAUCCAAAAGUCAAGCGGUUUUGCCGGUGUUCUACAAGGUGGAUCCGUCCGAGGUUCGAAAACAAACCGGUGGGUUUGGGGAAGCAUUAGCCAAACAUGAAGCUAAUAAGUUAUUGACCAACAAGAUUCAACCAUGGAAGGAAGCUUUGACUUUUGCUGCUGGUUUGUCUGGUUGGGAUCUAGCAAAUUGCAAGGAUGAGGCUGAACUUAUCCAAGAAAUUGUUAAACGAGUGUUGUCUGUAUUAAAUCCAAUGCAAUUACUACAUGUAGCCAAGCAUCCAGUUGGAAUUGAUUUUCGAUUAAGGAAAAUUGAGGAGUUGGUCUCUCAUAUUGGGUCCGAGGGUGUUAACAUGGUGGGGAUGUAUGGCAUUGGAGGCAUUGGUAAGACCACUUUAGCUAAGGCUUUGUACAACAAAAUUGCUAACCAAUUUGAAGGAUGUUGCUUUCUACAAGAUGUUAGACGAGAAGCUUCAAAGCAUGGGCUCGUUAAACUACAAGAAACCUUACUCAAUGACAUCUUAAAGGAGGAUUUGAAGGUUGUCAGCCGUGAUAGAGGAAUUAACAUCAUAAGGAGUAGACUGUGUUCAAAGAAAGUUCUUAUAGUUCUUGAUGAUGUGGAUGAUCGUGAGCAAUUAGAAGCACUGGUUGGUGGUCGUGAUUGGUUUGGUCGAGGUAGCAAAAUCAUUGUGACGACAAGGAAUGAGCAUUUACUUUUUAGCCAUGGAUUUGAUGAUCAAAAGCAUAAAAUUCAAGAAUUGAAUCAAGAUCAUGCUCUUGAACUUUUUAGUUGGCACGCUUUUAAGAAAAGCCAUCCAUCAAGUAAUUAUCUAGGCCUUUCAGAACGUGCUACAAAUUAUUGUAAAGGUCUAUCUUUGGCACUCGUUGUUUUGGGUUCUUUCCUUCGUGGCAGAGAUCAAGCAGAAUGGAACUGUAUAUUAGAUGAAUUUGAAACCUCUUUGAGAAAAGAUAUUAAAGAUGUUCUUCAAUUAAGUUUUGAUGGACUUGAAGACAAAGCAAAGGAUAUUUUCCUUGAUAUUUCUUGUUUACUUGUGGGAGAAGAAUACAAUUGUGCUAAAAAAAUGUUGAGUGCAUGCCAUUUGAACAUAGAUUUUGGAAUUAUGAUACUCGUGGAUCUUUCACUUGUUACUAUUGAAACGGAUAGAGUGCAAAUGCAUGAGUUAAUACAACAAAUGGGUCGUAGCAUAGUUCAUAAUGAAUCAUCUGAGCCUGGAAAGAGGAGUAGGUUGUGGUUGGUGCAGGACAUUUGGGAGGUGUUUGUUAAUAAUUCAGGAACAGAUGCAGUUAAAGCCAUAAAGUUGGACUUGCCUAAUCCCACAAAGCUAAAUGUAGAUCCACAAGCAUUUAGAAGCAUGAAAAAUUUGAGAUUGCUUAUCAUUCGAAAUGCACAAUUUUGUAGAAAGAUUAAGUACCUACCUAAUAGCUUAAAGUGGAUUGAGUGGCGUGGAUUUGCUCAUCGAUCUUUGCCGUCAUGCUUCAUUACCAAAAAUCUUGUUGGACUUGAUUUGCGACAUAGCUCCAUCAAAAGAUUUGGGAAAAGGCUCGAGGGUUGUGAAAGGUUGAAGCAUGUUGAUCUUAGCUACUCUACUUUAUUAGAGCAAAUUAAUGAUUUCUCUCCGGCAUCAAAUCUUGAAGAAUUGCAUCUCAUCAAUUGCACAAAUUUAGGAAUGAUAGAUAAGUCUGUUUUUUCUCUCUAUAAGCUUAGUGUCCUAAACCUUGAUGGUUGUUGUAACCUUCAAAAGCUUCCAAGAGGCUAUUUCAUGUUAAGUUCUCUUAAAGAAUUGAAUCUCUGUUACUGCAAAAAGCUUGAAAAAAUUCCAGACUUAUCUGCAGCAUCAAACCUUAAGAGAUUGUAUCUCCAAGAAUGCACAAAUUUAAGAGUGAUUCAUGAAUCUGUUGGAUCUUUGGAUAAGCUUAAUCAUCUGGACCUUAGACAAUGCACUAAACUGGUAAAGCUUCCAAGCUAUCUCAGGUUAAAGUCUCUUUCCAAUUUAUUACUUUCUGGGUGUUGUAAGCUUGAAAGCUUCCCAACAAUUGCUGAAAACAUGAAAUCUUUAAGGGAAUUGGAUAUGGAUUUUACUGCCAUAAAGGAGUUACCUUCAUCAAUUGGAUAUCUUACUAACCUUUCUAUAUUAAAACUUAACGGUUGCACAAACCUCAUCUCCCUUCCCAAUACAAUUUAUUUGUUAAGGAAUCUUGAGAAUCUUCUUCUUAGUGGCUGUUCUAUAUUUGGAAUGUUUCCCCAUACAUGGGACCCAACCAUCCCAACCAUCCAACAAGUAUGCUCUCCUUCAAAAAUGAUGGAAACAGCUUCCUGGAGCUUAGAAUUUCCCCAUUUACUAGUACCAAAUGAAAGUUUAUGUGCCCAUUUCACUUUGUUGGAUCUUGAAUCUUGCAACAUAUCAAAUGCAAAAUUUUUAGAAUUAUUAUGUGAUGUUGCCCCUUUCUUAUCUGAUCUACGCUUGUCUGAAAACAAAUUCUCUAGUUUACCCUCAUGUCUCCACAAGUUCAUGUCCUUGUGGAAUCUUGAAUUAAGGAAUUGCAAGUUUCUUCAAGAAAUUCCAAACCUUCCUGAGAAUAUACAAAAAAUGGAUGCCAGUGGUUGUGAAUCGUUGGCUCGAAAUCCAGAUAACAUUGUGGAUAUAAUAUCAAAAAAACAGGACCUCACAUUGGGUGAGAUUUCAAGAGAGUUUUUAUUAACGGGGAUUGAGAUUCCAGAAUGGUUCAGCUAUAAGACUACAUCCAAUUUAGUGACAGCUAGCUUUCGUCACUAUCCAGACAUGGAAAGAACUUUGGCUGCCUGUGUUAGUUUCAAAGUGAAUGGAGAUUCAUCUAAAAGAGGAGCCCAAAUUUCAUGUAGUAUAUUCAUCUGCAGUAAACUCCAUUCUUCAUUUUCAAGACCAUUUCUUCCAUCAAAAUCAGAAUAUAUGUGGUUAGUAACAACUUCUCUAGCGUGGGGUUCCAUGGAGGUGAAUGAUUGGAAUAAAGUUUUGGUCUGGUUUGAGGUUCAUGAAGCACAUAGUGAGGUUAAUGCAACUAUAACAAGGUGUGGUGUUCAUGUCACUGAAGAGCUCCAUGGGAUACAAAUGGAUGUCAAGUGGCCGAUGGUAAAUUAUGCUGAUUUUUAUCAACUGGAGAAAUUGCAAAGUCUGGAUAUUGAGGAUCUUCUUCUCAAAAGCUUUUUAGAAACAGUCUCUUGCCUGUCAAAUUCCAAAGCAGCAAUGUUACAUGCAGGAAAUUAUGAUCCAGAAGCAAUAAUUGAUUCCAACAUACAACCUAUGAUAUUUCCAUUGCACGUAACAAAUAAUGAUGGCACAUAUAUAUGUGGAGGCAUGGGAGGCACUGCACUUGCCAACUCUUUAUGCAAUAAAUUUAAAGGGAUGGAGGGCCAAUGCGGUGAAGCUUUAGAUAAUUCUACAAGCUUUUUCCAUAUCAAAAGAAGACAACUCCUGAGCUAUUCCUGGUCGCCGGCGGUCCACCAUCGUAAGUGUGGAGAUGGUGAAAGAGGAACGAAUAUCACAACCCACACAAUAUCCUCCAAACGCUAUUUGAUACUCCUUCGUGAAGCCAAGAGCUAUCAGGAUGUACAUGACUGGUUUUAUACACAUUGUUGGAUAAAAGCUUCAUAUUGCAGUUAUGACGGAAGAGGUGAUGGUGUGAUUCUGAUUGAAGGGGUUGAUACAUCCUUGCUCUGAAGCUCUCAAUUUUUAGUAAAAAUUUACAUUUAAAUGUCCUUUUAGUCUGUUUGGUACUUGUAUUAAUUUAAACUCUAUGAUAAUUAACAUCAAUUUAAACGCUCAAUAACUUUUGUAAGUGUACGUAUCAAUUGAACACUCUAUUCUUAUUUAAUUUAGAUUUUGUUCAAAAA